AUGGCACUUUGUACUGUAACCGUAUUUUCCAUCUGGAUAGGAAUGAAUCGAUCGAUAUCGAAUGAAAAUAAUGAUUUCGAAGAAAUAUCGGUCAUUAACGGUUAUCCUACAAGUUUUCCAACAAUAUCUCCAAAGAAUGAUCGAAAAUUAAGCAAUAUAGAGAAGAAUAACGAUUGGUUAGCAGAAAUCCAGAAAUUUCUCAAACGGAUAUCUCCACAUUUCCAGACAAAAUCAAUCUGUUCGAAUUAUUGGGCUGUUACUGUGAAUAUGUCAGAUGGUGUUCUCAAAACAGCUAAACAACUUCCUAAUUGGUGUAUAGUUGUUGUUUCUCAUUCUUCAAAACACCAUAUGAAAAUUUCGAAAAAUAUCUUCAUUCUCAAUAAAACAAUUCAAUCUGAAUUAGCAAAGAUAUCUUUGUUUUAUAAAGAAAUUCUCUCCUUAUCCAAUCAUCUUCAUACCGCACAGAAAAAUCUCGGUUAUCUUUGGGCAAUUUAUCACAAUGCAAAAAUGAUUUGGGAUUUUGAUAAUAUCGAAGAAAUGCUCGUCAAUGAAACAAUUCUUGAACUUCUCUUAAAUGACCAAAUUGAAUCAUUGACUAUUCCCAAUCAUAAUGGAACAUUUUUCAAUCCACAUCAAUACUUUAUAUCAAAAGCAAAUUUCCUUUUCCCAAUAUUACAUGGUGUUUGGUCAAGUCAAAAUCUUGCUGUUAUUCAUUCUCUUGACGAAACUUCAUUACAAUCGAAGAAAAUUUCCAGAAAUUAUAAAAAUUAUGUAAAGUUAAUUGCACCUCGUCGUACGUUUUCACCUUAUGAUCAUCAAGCAACUCUUCAUCUUCAAUCAGCUCUAUGGGCACUUCUAUUACCAGUGACAAUUGAUCAGAAAAGAUCUCAUCUCUUUCGAAGUUAUGUCAUGCAACGAUUAAUGUGGGAAGUUGGUCUUCAGACAGCAUUUGUUGAUUCUUAUGUUGUUAAAAAGAAUAGAAAUCAUCAGAAUAGAAUAGAAAGAAAUCUUACCCAAUUUUUAAAAGAAUGGUCAUCGAAAGAGAGGAACUUCAUCGAAUUUAUGAAACAAUUAUUUAUUUCUCUUUCCCAACAUCAUUUUAUCGAAAUAUUCGAUCUUCGUCUUGUCCAACUUUGGUUAGAAGAACUAAACCAAAUAGGAUAUCAAUUCCCGAAAAUUCCUCACAAAUAUUCUUUAGUCAUUCGAACAUUUUCUGGUCAUUUAACUCAAUUGAAUCGUUGGUAUCUUCUCACAAUAAAUAUGUUUGUUGAUCGAAAUAUUUUCGAUAUUUUAUUUAUUCUUGAUAACGAAUCAAGUAAAGAUCAUCAAUUAGGUGAUUGUUUAACACAACACAAUUAUUCAGUUAAAUAUGAAUCACCACUUCUCUUUGACAACAAUCAAAGUACUUUACCAGGUUAUGAUCGACAACAAUGGUCAACAUUUUAUAUCGAUCGAUUUACGAAUAGUGAUUAUAUCGGUGUUAUUGAUGCUGAUGCAAUGAUAUUUACAUUUAUGCACCCGAUUUUCAGCAUUUUUACAUCGAAAGAUGAUCGACGAAUUGUUUUGAAAGCAAUUAUUGCUGAAAAUUAUCAUCAAGAUAAAAGGAUUUUGCAAUUUAAUUCAACAUUGGAUUUUAUGUGGUCGAAUCGUAUGCCAAUGUGGUAUCGAUAUGAAACUUUUCAAAAUCUACGAAAUUAUAUAACAUCAGUAUGGAAUGAAACUCAUUUUGAUAAUGUUUUUCUGAAAUUUUAUGAAAAUCAAAGUUAUAGUCAAUUCAAUAUUCUCUCAAAUUAUGCAAAUCGAUUUGAAUCCAAUUAUUAUCGUGUUAUUCUGAACACAGACAGUCAAGGUGCAGUGAGUGUUGCAAGUAAUCGAGGUUGGUACAUCGAUAUUUUUGUUGGUUGUUGUCAAACAUUCAAUGUCGAAUGUAAUAAAACAUUGGGAUUGAAAAGAAGCGAAGAACAUCUUUUAAGAUUUGAUAAUUCCGAUUUUCUGGUUGUCAAUGCAUCGGAGAAAACAAAGAGAUAUUAUACACAUGUUUAUAAAUACCUCGAACAUUUACCAUCUCAUGUUGUAUCGAAAAUGAAACAAAAUUGUCAAUUAUUUGUCAAAAAACAACGAGCACAAAUUUGUACUUCUUAA